CGGUAUUAUUUUCAUUUCGCUAUCGAUGUUUUAACUCAUCGCACGUAAAGUGUUUUUCGUUCGUGAGCUAACCGCCAAAACUUGAAGUUGAACAAAAAAUAUUCAUAUUGUAUACCCAUUUUGGAGCCAUAAGCUGUUCUGUGCUUUUUUUGUCGCUGGAAACGACAGAACUUUGAAAAAUUGUUUGUGAUCGUUUUUUUUUUCAUUUGUGGUUUUAUACAUUCGAUUGAUCGGUGUCUGAGCAGGAUCGUUUCAAAAGGAAAAAAGGAUUUUAUCCUGAAUUUUCCAGAAUUCAAAAAAAAAACGUUUGCAACAUACUUUUUGCCCAGUUUGAUCGCAUUUUUCUUAAAAGUUUGAUGAAAAAGUUAACAAAAGUCAUUGAAUUCAUAAAAAUAGUUUUGAAAAAUCGAGUGAAAAUCGUAGUUAAACUGCUAAAAGCAAAUAAAUAAACGAGUUUUUAUGACAAGAAAAAUUUAUAAACUAAAAAAAAAAGAAAAACCAACAAAGAGGCCAGACACUGAACAAAGAACACAUAGUGCUGUAUUUUUUCUACCAAUUUGUGAACAAUAUUGUGUUGAAUGUGCACAUCAAAUAACAUUUAUGCUGUAACAGAAGAAGAGAAAAAAAAAGUCUAAUAGCGAAGAAUUUUGGGUUGUUUAUAUCGAAGAAGCCAUUGUGUAACGAGGCGAUGCAGAUUGGUGUCAUUCAAGAAAUUGAAAAUAAUCAUCAACCAUCCAACAUAAAUUAAUUGAUAGAAAAAUGUCAACGGUGAAUAAAGUCAAGAACGAUCAUACAAUUUUACUGCAUUCGACCACAAAACAUUCUAUAAAGACGAUUAUCAUCCAAAGUACCGGGAGAUCAAAUUUACAUUGUGGUGAUCAAAUCAAUUAUUGAAUUUCAUUCGGUUUUCAUUUUCUCUGUGACACGCGUCCACAAAACCAGCUCGAAUCGCGAUAAUUCAAUAGUGCAAUUGAAAAUUGAAAGAAAAGUUCAAACAAGUGACCCGAUUCAUUCUCGACCAAUUUAACCGUACGGUAAAGAACAGAAAAGAAAGAGAGAAAAAAUAUUGAAAUAAUAUUUGCCAAUUUGUCUGCGGAAGUACAUUUAGGAGACCAUCCGUUCGAUUGCGCGUCUAAUAUUCUCGCUAAAUCAGAGACAAACACGCGCAACAACCAAUUCCAUCCGUUCGCCAGCAACGGAUUUCAUUGGCAUCAGACCGACGCCAAACCUUGGACAACAACAACCAAUUCAACUGGAUAAACAUUUUAUAUUUUAAUUAUGGGAUUACAAAAACAAUAUCUAAAAUAUGGACAAACUGCAAGAGACAAGAUAUUUGGAUUACCGCCAGAUACUCGACGAAAUGGCCCGACACCACUAUCGAUGCUGAUAUCACAUGGAGCUAAAUUUAAUAAUAAUAGUGUUGCUGUGAUAAUUUUAGGAAUAAUUACACUCAUCGUGGGUGUACUUUUAUCAUCUAUUCCAUGGAUAGAUUAUUUUAUUUUAAAGAAUUUAAGACUUUGGAAUAAUACACUUAGUUUCCAUUACUGGCAACGGCCAGGUGUUAUACGCUUAACGAAAGUCUAUAUAUUCAAUGUGACGAAUCCCGAUGGGUUUCUGAAUGGUGAAAAGCCGAAAUUGGUUGAAAUUGGACCAUUUGUGUACAGAGAGGACAUGGAAAAAGUGAACAUAAAAUUUCAUGAUAACUAUACGGUUACUUAUCAACAUAAGAAGAUUCUACAAUUUGUGCCUGAACUAAGUAUUGACAGAAAUCUUCGUGUUAUGACACCAAAUAUCCCCUUACUGACGUUAUCGUCGCAAACGAAUAAAAUUGGUGCAAUACUUGGAGCCGGCGUAUCAUUUGCGCUAACGAUGACGAGGCUACUGUACGGGCCGAAGUUUCAACCUUUCAUAUCGGUGUCGGUUAACGAACUCCUAUUUGGGUACGAAGAUACGCUGGUGAAUAUGGCGCACACAUUUUAUCCGCGCAAUAUUCGACCAGACAUGUCAAAAAUGGGCCUGCUACUUGGCCGCAACGGAACCUUAACCGAAGUCUCCACAAUCAACACUGGUCACAAUGGUAUGGAAAAGUUUGGUUAUUUGGAUCAGUUGAAUGGACAGAACUCGUUACCAUUUUGGGAUAGUGAACCAUGCACCGAUAUUACCGCAUCCGAAGGAUCCUUCUUUCCACCCAGAGAAUACACGAAAUCCGACAUUAGAUACGUUUACGAUAAGGAUUUGUGCCGCAUUUUACCUCUUGAAUUCCGUAACACCGUCUACAAGGAUGGCAUUCCAGCUGAUCUUUACGGCACACCCGAUAACAUCUACGGUGAUUCGGCAAACAAUCCGAAUAAUUCAUGCUUUGAUACUGAAGAUUACAAGGCAGCAAGAGGACUUCAGAACAUUAGCCCGUGUCAAUACAGCGCUCCAGUGUACAUAUCAAAUCCACAUUUCUAUUUGGCCGACCCAGCACUUUUGGAUGCUGUCGAUGGUUUGAAACCGAAUCAAAGCCAACACGAAACCUAUUUCAAAAUUCAACCGAAAUUGGGCGUACCAUUGGAAGGAAAAGUGCGAGUUCAAUUGAACUUGAAAGUUGACCAAUCGAUUUACAUAAAUUCAUUGAAGAAUUUCCGCAGCUUUAUGUUCCCCAUCAUUUGGGUCGAAGAGGGUAUUGCCGAGUUAACGCCAUCAAUACGUCGCUGGAUCUAUUUGGCAACGGUGUUUGGUCCGGCUGCAUUGCCAAUUCUAUCGUACAGUAUGAUUUUGGCCGGUUCAUUUAUGUUAAUGUUCAUCUUUGUGCGUGCCUACAAAAAUUUUGUCUUCCAUUCGGAUCCAACGGUGGAAUUGUUGGAAAUGGGGCGACGAUCAUUGCGCCGUGGCAGCAGCCUUUUGGUUCAACAUCAACACCGAAUAAUGAUGCACCAUCAUCAACGUGACAGUUAUAUGCUACUUAAAACCAACACAAACGACAUCGAUCUGUUGACAUAGUGAAACCAAUACUUUCCUAUAUCAUUGUAAUUGACACAACUUCUGUUGAUAAUUACCGUGUAGAAUGUAUACACUUAAUUUAAUUUCCUAGCUUAGAAGAGAAAAAAAAAACGGAAGAAGAAAAUGUAAAAGAAAUUCCAUGAUCCAAUAGAAAACGAACAAAAAGACUUGUUUGCCUCUCGAUUUAUUAUAUUGACAGUGACUGCCAUUGAUUUUGCGCUAAACAUUCCGAAAAGCUAUCAUGUCUAUUCAAUAUUUAUAGAAUAUCGCAGCAUUUGAAACACUGGUGAUUGGUCAUUUUCAGUUGACCAAUGGGGUAUACCAACACUUGUCACAAAAAUAAAUUAAGCCAAAAUCGUUGCAAAAAUGUCUCAAACAAAAUUCACACGAAACAAAUGCAAGAAGAAGAAAAA